UAUCCCUUGUCUACCACAAACGACCGGUAAAAUGGGGCCGCUCAGGAGUAUUUUCUUCUUCAUAGUUUUUAUAGGUUUGUCUGAUGCAGAAAUAAAAUUAUCGUCUGAUUUUAUGGUAAUCGCUGGUCCAUUGACAAAUGUUCUGGUGAAGAAUUUAGCAGAAGAUGAAAAGAAAGACCAGAAGAACAACUUCAGUGUGCAAGAGGAGGCACAGUACUUUUGCCAGGACGCUCUUUCAAGCCACCUAAAAGAUUACCUUUCCAAUCUACAUAAAAAAGGAAUUUCCCAUUACAAAGUAAUCCUUCCCUGGACUAAAAUUCUGCCUGAAGGUACAUCUGAUAAAAUGGAUAAUGAUUUAAUAAAAUGCCAUUCAAAUCUCCUAAAUGUGAUAAUAAUUGCAAAUCUCAAACCUUUGCUGGUUCUGCAUGACAGUGGCAUGCCUCAAGAGCUGAUUGAAAAAUAUGGUGGCUGGGAGAAUGAAGCACUUGUUGAUUUAUUUGUGGACUACGUGCGAUUUGCAUUUGCAACUUUUGGAGAUAAAGUUGAAACCUGGAUAACAUUUGAUAACCCUUCAGAAUUAAUAAAAUCCAAACAUAAGCUGCAGCACGCUGGACCUUUGGCAAUCAGGAAUAUAAUCAGUGCCCAUGAAAAGGUUUAUGGAAUUUAUCACAAUGAGAUGCAACACAAAGAAGGAACAUUGUCUAUUGUUUUGAACAUUAACGGCGUCUUUUCUACAGAUGAUAUGUUCCAGCCAUUUCGGCAACUUAUCAAUGAGGGAAUGAUGGAUUUGAUUGCUGUUGCUGUAUCAGAUGAUUGCUUAUCAAAUCAUAAGAUUGACUCCUUAAGGGAUGAAACCUUAAAAGCAAAUAGAGAUUCCGUAUCAGAAAAACUGGCAAAAGUGAAGAGCAUCAACAAACAUUUACAGAUUUUGAUCUUUAGCUUAGACUUUUCACAAUGUGCUGUGCCAGCCGUAGGCAGCACAGAGUAUAACAGAGCUAAGUUCACUGAAGUUGUAAAAGCUCUAAGUAAUAAUGAAGUGUCAGUGAUUGGCUAUGAUGUUAGUCACUUCCUGGACCAUUUGCCACUUCAUUAUCAAAGAAGCAACUUGGAUAAUGAAAGCAACUUUUCUCCAAUGGAAGAAGGAAGUGAAGAUGAGCUGGCAGAACAUAACAGUGAUAUCCAGUUUCAUGGAAGAUCUCGCCUUUCAGCUUAUCAGACUGUUUGGGAAAAGUUUUCUGUACAAUCAAAUGCAGAGAGGGACUCCUUCCUGAUUGGUACUUUUCCCAGCACUUUUCUAUGGAGCACAGCUACUGCCUCAUUUAAAAUUGAGGGAGGCUGGGCCGAACAGGGGAAAGGAGAAAAUAUUUGGGACAGGUUUGCACAUGAGGGAAAAGUGGAAAAAAACCAGACGGCAGAUAUUGCCUGUGAUAGCUUCCAUAAAAUUGAUUAUGAUGUUUACUUAAUGAGAGGUUUACAAAUUAACUCUUAUAAGUUCUCCUUAUCAUGGUCUAGAAUUUUCCCGACAGGCAAUUGGACUAAACCGAACCAAGAUGGAAUAGACUAUUACAACAAGUUAAUUGACAGUCUGUUGGAGUCCAACAUUCAACCAAUGGUAACUCUAUAUCAUUGGGAUCUUCCCCAAGCUUUGCAAGAUAUUGGUGGAUGGCAGAAUGAGAACAUCAUAAAAGCAUUUAGUGAUUAUGCAGAUUUUUGUUUCGCUACCUUUGGAGACCGUGUGAAGUACUGGAUCACAUUUAAUGAGCCCUGGGUAGUUAGUUAUGCUGGCUAUGGCACAGGACAGCAUGCACCCGGAAUCAGUGAUCCAACUAAUGCAUCCUAUAAGGUGGCCCAUUCUGUAAUCAAGGCCCAUGCCAAUGUUUGGCACAUUUACAAUAAUAACUACCGCUCUCAGCAGCAUGGUCAAGUAGGAAUAGCUUUGAAUUCAGACUGGGCAGAACCUAAAUCUCCUAAUAAGCCAGAAGAUGUUCAAACAGCUGAUCGAUACCUGCAGUUUAUGUUGGGCUGGUUUGCUCAUCCAAUCUUUGUUAAUGGUGACUAUCCAGAAACCUUAAAAGCUCAGAUAAAAAAAUAUAAUCAGGAAUGUCCUUCUGCCCCUGUCCAUUUUCCAUCAUUUACAGAAAAGGAAAAACAAUACAUAAAUGGAACUUCAGAUUUUUUUGGACUCAGUCACUACACCUCUCGACUAAUCAAUUCUACCACCAAUAAAGUAUGCGUUUCAGAUUACAACCGUAUUGGAGACUUUUUUCCACAGGUUGACAAUUCAUGGCGCUCAACUGUAUCACCCUGGAUAUACAUUGUGCCCUGGGGCUUACGAAGGUUACUAAAUUUUGUUACCCAUGAGUAUACGGGUACCAGCAUUCCGAUUUACAUAACAGGGCAUGGAAUUCCAACAGAAUAUGAUGGCCUUGAUAUCAUAAAUGACACCAUAAGGAUAGAGAGUAUUGCUGCCUACAUUAAUGAAGCACUAAAGGCUUCUAUCACAGAUAAUGUCAAUGUGAAGGCAUUUACACUACGGUCAUUAAUGGAUAGUUUUGAAGGUCCACAAGGGUACAACCAUCGAUUUGGACUCCAUUACGUGAAUUUUGAAGAUUCUAACAGACCUAGAACGCCAAAGGAAUCAGCAUAUCUUUACACACAAAUAAUCAAGAAUAACGGUUUUGUUAAUCGUUCUUUGAAAUACUUAAUUCAGACCACUGUUCACAACAAUAAUGUUAAAAAAUUAACUGCUUUGCCUGCAUCUGAAGUACCUUCUAAAGCUAAGAUUGUGUGGGAGAAGUUUUCAGGCCAGGAGGACAUGGAAAGGGAUACAUUUUUUUAUGACACAUUCCCAGAAGGAUUUGUGUGGAGUGCAUCCUCUUCAGCUUAUCAGAUCGAAGGAGGGUGGAAUGCUGACGGAAAAGGACCUAGUAUAUGGGACAAUUUCACACACACACCUAAUAUGGUCUUGAAAAGUCAUACAGGAGAUGUUGCAUGUGAUAGUUACAACAAAAUUGAUGAAGAUCUUUUCAUGCUUCGAGCACUGAGAGUUCAAACUUACCACUUUUCUAUUUCAUGGCCUCGUAUUUUCUCUAAUGGCAGUAUUGAAUCAUUGAACUUAGCUGGUGUCAAUUACUAUAACAAGCUAAUUGAUGGCCUCCUUGCCAGCAACAUUACACCAAGGGUAACACUUUACCACUGGGAUUUACCUCAGGCUCUUCAAGAUAUUGGAGGCUGGGAAAAAGAAGAAUUGAUUGGCUUGUUCAAUACAUACGCUGAUUACUGCUUCAAAACUUUUGGUGAUAGGGUUAGGUUCUGGAUCACAUUUAACGAACCCUCUGUAUUCAGUUGGGAAGGAUAUGGCACAAGCUCCUUUCCCCCAGCUUUAAAUGAACCAGGUCAUCUUCCAUACAGAGUAGCACAUGUAGUGCUAAAAGCUCAUGCCAAAGCUUUUCACACAUAUGAUGAUAAAUACAGGAGUACUCAGAAAGGCUUAAUUUCCAUCAGCCUUAAUGCAGACUGGGCAGAACCCAAGAUAUUUAAUAAUCUCCGGGAUGUGGCUGCAGCUGAUCGCUACCUGCAGUUUACUUUGGGCUGGUUUGCACACCCCAUUUUUAAAAAUGGUGAUUAUCCCGAGGCAAUGAAAUGGCAGGUUGGAAACAAGAGUGAACUGCAACAUCUGUCAGCUUCAAGGCUUCCUCAGUUUACAGAGCAGGAGAAAAAUUUUAUCCGUGGUACUGCAGAUGUUUUUUGUCUCACUACAUACACCACGAAAAUUGUAAGUCAUAAUAUUGCCAAACUGAAAUCAUUUUCUUAUGAAUAUGAUCGAGACACAGCUGAAGGAUUUGACCCAGGAUGGCCAACAUCAGCUAUUAAGAAGUUCAGGGCUGCAGCCUGGGGGCUCAGAAGACUUCUGAACUGGAUCAAAGAGGAGUAUAGCAAUCCCCCUAUUUACAUAACUGGAAAUGGAGUAGCUACAAAACCGAUUUCCACUGUGGAUGAUACUGACAGAAUAUUCUUCUACAAAACGUAUAUCAAUGAGGCUCUAAAAGCUUACAAGUUGGAUAAUGUUAACCUUAAAGGAUACACAGCUACAUCCCUUCUGGACAGUUUCGAAUGGGUCAAUGGUUAUAGUUUUCAGUUUGGACUGCAUCAUGUAAAUUUCAAAGAUCCUAACAGACAAAGAACUCCAAAGAGGUCAGCACAUUAUUUUACAGAAAUAAUUCAUGGCAAUGGCUUCCCACCUCGGAAAGAAGAUGAAUUCAUUUAUGGAGAAUUUCCAAAGGAUUUUGCAUGGAGUGCAGCUACUGCUGCCUAUCAGAUUGAAGGAGCUUGGAGAGCUGACGGAAAAGGACUUAGUAUAUGGGAUACCUUUAGUCAUACACCCUUGAAAGUAGGCAAUGAUGAUACUGGAGAUAUAGCCUGCGACAGCUAUCACAAGAUUGAUGAAGAUUUGGCUAUUCUGAAACAACUGAAAGUCAACCACUAUCGCUUUUCCCUAUCCUGGCCUCGCAUCCUUCCAAAGGGAACCACAGGAUAUGUAAAUGAAGUUGGAUUAAAUUAUUAUAUACGGUUUAUAGAUGCUCUUCUUGCAGCCGACAUUAAACCUCAGGUCACCCUUUAUCAUUGGGAUUUACCUCAGGCUCUGCAAGAUGUUGGUGGCUGGGAAAAUAGUAGUACCAUUGACCGAUUUGUGGAAUAUGCUAACUUUUGCUUUCAAAAGUUAGGUGACAAGGUCAAGUUCUGGAUAACUUUGAAUGAGCCUUACAACACAGCACUUCUUGGUUAUGGCUACGGCACUGCAGCACCAGGUAUUGGCACAAGAUUAGGCAGAGCACCUUAUAUAGUUGGUCACAAUCUAAUCAAAGCACAUGCUGAAGUUUGGCACCUGUACAAUGAAACUUACAGACCACAACAGGGAGGGCUAAUCUCCAUUACUAUCAACUCUGACUGGGUUGAGCCAAGGAACCCAUAUAAACAGGAAGACAUAGAUGCUGCAAAAAGGCACUUGAUGUUUUACGGUGGUUGGUUUGCAUAUCCAAUUUUCAAAAAUGGUGACUACAAUGAAGUGAUGAAAGCACGUGUAAGAGAGAAGAGUCUGGCUCAAGGUUUACCUAAAUCUCGACUUCCUGAAUUCACUGAAUCUGAGAAACAAAGAAUUAAAGGAACAUAUGACUAUAUAGGAUUUAAUCACUACACCACAGUCUUGGCUUUUAAUGUCAAUUUUGGGAAUGCUAUCCCAACGUAUGAUGCCGACAGAGGAACAGGAACCACAGUAGACCGCAGCUGGCUUAGUUCUGGAUCGUUCUGGCUGAAAGUAACUCCUUGGGGUUUUAGGAGAAUUCUUAACUGGAUUAAGAAAGAGUUCAAUAAUCCUCCUAUUUAUCUAACAGAAAAUGGAAUUUCAGAGCAUGGCGACAAAGGCCUCAAUGAUACCUGGAGGAUCAAUUAUCAUAAAAAUUAUAUAAAUGAAGUUUUAAAAGCUAUUAAACUUGACGGAAUCAACAUCCGUGGCUACACAGCAUGGUCACUGAUGGAUAACUUUGAAUGGGCCAUGGGAUAUGCAGACAGAUUUGGCUUAUUUUAUGUCAAUUACUCUGACCCUUCUUUACCUCGUAUUCCUAAAGCUUCAAGUAAAUAUUAUUCUACAAUUAUUCGUUGUAAUGGCUUUCCUGAUCCCGCUUUAGGACCUCAUGAAUGUCUCCAAUUAGAAGCUACCACUGUGAAACCCUCAUCAGCCAAAUCCCUACCAACAACCACACCAACAAACACUGGAAAGGUUCAUUUUCUGGGAUUACAGAUAUCUACUGUGAAUGCCACAAGUGUUUUAUAUACUUUGUUUGCCAUUUUACUGGUUGCUGUUGUGUUGUUGGCUCUCUUUUCAUAUAAAAUUUGGAAAACAAGUAAAGCAAAUAUAUCUAAAUCACAUUCAUGCACAAAUGAGUUAUCGUUAGCUCAUAACACUAACUUUUGAAUUACGAUAGAGUGAAGGGGAUGUAAGCGGAAACUCUAAUUCACCAAGCAUAGUUUCUGCACAGCAUCGACAAAAAUCUGAGACACAGAUGUUUAUAUUGCUUCAAUAAAGUUUCUGCGAAAAAAAACUAAAAGACUGGGAAAAUCCUCAGAAAUUCCAGAUAAAUUUCAUACUAUUUGAUUUUUCAAUUACCUUCAACUUAUUGGUUUUGUAUGUUUUUACUGUGAUCAACAUGCAGAUUGCCAAAAUAUCAAAUUAAGUAGGUGUGUCCAGGAGAGGAGAAGCACAAGAGAAAAUUAAUAGGUCCAUUAACCAAUAUUUUAUGUUAAUUUUCUUUGAACACUUUCCAAUUACUAUAAAUAUGGAUUUGAAAAAAGGAUGAUUUUUAAUUGACAGUCAGAUAACAGAAUCUAUUAACUUUCCUAUUUGCUUGAGAAGGUAAUGUUUCACAACUGAACAGGGGCAUCUUGGUGUCUGUACACUGAAAUGAUUAAAGCUGAUAGUUGAUAGGUAUUUAUUAAAAUAAUUAUUAAAUUGGGUUUGUAAACACAGACAGUGAUAGACAGUCAAAGGGAUGAAGUUAGAACUUUAGGAAUCUGGUUUGCUCCAGCUGGAACACUGUGGAUAAUGCUGGGCACUACACUUCAAAAAAAAAAUUAGGGUAUUUAUUCCUGUGGAGUUAGGAAAUUUAAAUGCGUUUCCUCACAGGAGGUUUGGUUAAGGCGUGAUUUAAUAGAAGGUUUCAAGAUAAUGUUUUGAUAGAUAAAGAUUAUUCCCUUUCCCAAAUGUUGAUUCAAAACCUUUAGCAAACAUCUAGAAGGGAAUUUGGGAAUUGUUAGAACCCUUGAUGAUUUUUCAUUAUUUUAAUUUUAUUCAUGUCAAUUUUGGUUUGGAACUGCGAACUGAUAACUGAAAAUGACCAAUGGAAUGUUGUUGGCAAAUUAAAUAGUGUUAAAUAAAGAAUGAGAGAGAGACAAGUCAGGCGAGGCCUGGAAGUCAAUUGCGGGUUAAUUCUUCAUCAAAAAGAUUCCAUAGAUGCUUCAAGACUGGGGAAGAGCAAUGUAUUUGACUAGACAAAGUAUUUUGGUCUUUAAUGAGGCCAGUAGCUGGGAAUUGGCUCCAGCAAGUCUGAAAAAGGCCUUCUGCUCAAGCAGAUGGCAGAUGUUAAAUGGUAAAUGGGAUAUCAUGGGAAGAAGGGAGAAGCCAGUGUUUUAGACUGUGUUUUCUCUUAAAAGGAAUUUGGCAAUUAAUGCUGCAGCAUGAAGAUUUGAAAACUCUCUUCCUAACCUUGCUGUUAUCAACUAUUAGAAGUUCAGAGAAUAGAAACAUAACAAGUAUUACUGUCUUCCUGUGAGUGUGCUAAACAAAAGUAGCCACAAUUGUUUCUUGGUUGAUUUUUUUGACAAUGUCAAUCAAAUAUACCAGUGGAAUGGCACUUCAUGAAAACCACUAAAGCAACCUGACCAGUCUUUGGCCUGCUGUGUUCAUCCAGCUCUAAGACCAGUUGUGUUAUUUUGUUUAUCCCAUAUCUGUUUAUUUGUCUCUUACGUGUGAAUGGGGCUCAAAACAAAUGAUAUUGCAUUUUAAACCAUAGGCAUGGAAUUAGAUUAUUUUGUUAUUUAAUUUUGUUCUGCUGAAGUUACUGUAUUGCAAAUAAAUU